GAUAAUAUUGACAUUUUAGAUGUUCUCACAGAUCGACCUUCCACUCUGUCGUAAAUUGUUAUUUGCCUUUAGUGUCCCUUUAAGUCUUUAGCAGUUUGCUAGGGCUUGCUUGCUUCCUGUCUUGGUGGUUUCCUGUUGACUUCUAAUUUUCCAGAUGGCUUAUUUUAUCGUUGAGUUUCUUGAGGACAUACUGGUGGAGGUGGUGCCUCUGUCUUGGGUUAACGAUGACCUGUGUGCAUGGCCAAGCAACCUCAAAGGUGACAGCGUGACUCCACCUGUGAAGAAAGGUGUACCACCAGACCCCUUGUGGAAGCGCUACAGUGUUGCAGUGAAAGGUGUAUUUGCAACAUAUGGGCAGGCUAGAGCGAAGCUUAAUGACAGCCAGUACACGUCAGACCUGGGGGCAGGAUCACAAAUGUUUCAAGAAAAAAGGUCAAGGAGGCCACCAGCUCAGUGGUCAGACUCGGAUGAGCCCGAUACGCCACAACCACCCAGAAAGGCCAAGAAAAGCUGUGCCAAGCAACUUCCAGCUCCACCAAGCAACUUCCUACAAGCCCUCUCCUUGGGUGCUCCAGUGCAGCCAAAUAGCUGUGAAGACCCUGAAGGUAUGUGA